CGCCACCGCCACCGCCACCGCCAUCGCUGCCACUACCAUGGCCACUGCUUCAGAGGCGGUUCUCGACACAGCCCCAAGUGCCGCCGCCACGCCCGGCCUGGCAGCGGGUUCAGUUGCCCCGGCCAACUGCACGGCCACAUCUGCGGUUGCCGGCCCGCCUGCCGUGGGCCUCUCCCCCUCGUCACCCCUGUUGGCUGUGGCCUCCACAAUCACGCCUGGUCGAGCUGGUGGCUUGAUCCCAAAGGCCGGGCGCACCCUCACCCGUGGGCAAAAGCGCCAAUAUGAUGCCCUGCUGGGCCAGGCCCCGGGGGAGCUGGCGGUGGCGGCCGCCGCGUCGCCGGCACUGGCGGCCUUCGCGGCACACGCCGCCUCCAGCUCGUCUCUGAGUUCGGCGGCUGCCAGCAGCGCCGGCCUCGGCGUGGUGGCCGGAUCGCCGGACGCCACGGCCGCGGCUCUCGAGCGCGAGCACGAAGAGGUGACCAAGGUCCGAAACAUCGAUGCUGUUGUCCUCGGCAAGCAUGAGAUGGACGCCUGGUAUUUUUCUCCCUACCCGGACGAGUUUGCCGGGGCUCGGCGCCUCUUCAUCUGCCCCUACUGCCUGAAGUACAUGCGGUCGCCGGUGACCUACGAGCGGCACAAGAUCAAGUGCCCCUACACCCGGCCUCUCGGGACCGAGAUCUAUCGCCACGAUGGGAUAUCCUUCUUCGAGAUCGAUGGCAAGGAGAGCAAGCUAUAUUGCCAAAACUUGUGCCUCCUGGGGAAGCUCUUUCUCGAUCACAAGACCCUUUACUAUGACGUGGAGCCCUUCCUCUUCUAUGUGAUGGCCGAGAUCGAGACCCUGUCGCCGACCAAGACGGACGCGGCGACCCCUUCACAGCACGGCGCCGCUGAGGGUGCCGCGCAGGCCCACGAGCGCCACCACAUUGUCGGCUAUUUCAGCAAGGAGCGGCACUCGAUAGAGGGCAACAAUGUGGCGUGCAUCCUCACCUUGCCGCCCUUCCAGCGCCGCGGCUAUGGGCACAUGCUCAUCCAAUUCAGCUACGAGCUGACCAAGCUCGAGGAGAAGGUCGGCGGGCCCGAGCGCCCCCUGUCGGAUCUCGGGCUGUUGAGUUAUCGCUCCUACUGGGCAUGGGCCCUUCUGCCCAUCUUGCUGGCGCUGUCUUUGGGUUUGGAUCCGACGGAUGUCCCGCCGGAUCUGUCGCCAGCAGGGCUGGUGGCAUUGGUGGCCCCGGCCUCCGGGGGCGCCCCGAUGCCCAAGCUGCCGGUGUCCAUCCUCAACCUGCUGGCCAGCCAGCCGGAGGUGGCCGUCCCGGUGACGACGCUGGCCAUCCCCGGCCCCACAUCGACCACGGCCUCGGUCAAAGCCCUGUCCCAGCUGACGGGGAUCCGCCCGGAGGAUGUGGUGGCCACCCUCGGUCAGCUGGGCCUGUUGCGGCAUUGGCGCGGGCAGCCGGUUGUCUGUGCCAGUGCGCCGGCUCUGGAAACGCACCUGCGCACCCGCGGGUGGUGGGGCCCCGAGCCUGAUCGCGACCCCGGCACCGCGGCCGCAGCCAUUGUCACCUCGGCGGCUGGGGCUCAUGUGUCGGAUGAGGCCAGCGGGGUUGUCCCCCCAUCGGCAGCGCCGGUCGCCCCGCGGCCACCCUCCCGUCCGCCGCCGCGUCGCAUUCUGCCUCAGUUCAUCACUUGGGUGCCGCAUGCUCGGCGUGCUUCGCCACCUUCCCCGCCGCCCGGGUCACGAAGCUGCCCCGAAAGCCCCCCGGCCCUGGGGGUCGACAUGGGCCCCGACUCGUCUGGGCCCUCGAGCCCGGCGGACAUCGGCCUCUCUCCCGGGCGGGAGGGUUCGCCCCUGCCAUCGCACUCGGGCGAGCCGCCCCGGAAAGCCCCUCGAAAGGUGCACUGAGUCCUUCCCCCCCCCCGC